GUACUUUUGGCUGGAUUGUGUGCUCACGACUCUACGCGUCUUUCCUUGCACAAUGGCAGUUGCAUCCCCCUAUCGUGCACUUGCGGUAGGCCACGAUGGCUGCGUCUCUCGUGCUCUUUUAUCUAGCUGUAACAGCCUGUAUCUAGAGCACCUCAGCUGACGAUGGUAGGAUGACCUUUCCCUCCCCCCCUUGCACAUGGCUGGUGACUAAAACCUCCGUACUACGGUAGAGUCCCGGUACGUGGAGCACCCGGCGCACCAGGACCUCAUGCCGACAGACGAUGCCUACUUUGCCUGGCGCUGCGACGAUGAUUGCAAAGGCCCCGUCACAAUCCGGAUACGCGGAGACGAUUUUGAUGGAACUGCCUUCGCCGACUGGUCGGAUAGUUCGACAACCCUGGCGCCCAGCUUCCUGCCUGCAAUGAGACCGGAGGAGACUUCUGUCUUCACAUUCUCACUGUACAGCUCUACCCGAAUAGAUGGCGACGACUUUGGAAUUGGUGUUUUUGAUAGCAAAUUCUCGCUCUUUGCGCCGACUCCGACGACGAAGACAGUUACCCAGACGCAGACGGUUACCACAACGUCAGAGCAUACUAUGACACAGGCCGCGGAGACAAGUGAAAUUCCUACUCAGGCACUAGACGAAGGGGAGGAUGAGGGCACUGACGACAGCGAACGAGGUACUGGAGGACUAUCCACUGGCGGGAAAGCAGGUAUUGGUGUUGGGGUCGCCGUCGGCGCAAUCCUUCUUGCAGCUGGGGCAUUCCUCGUCGUCCGUCGUCGGAAGCGUGUGGAAACCGCGACGAUACGCGAGAUACCUGCUACCAGCGCCGUGAACCUGCCUGGACCUGGGCCUGGGCUCGCGUCGAAUCAGGCCAAUACGGCUGCGUCUGGACCGACCUAUGAAAUGCGUGGAUAAAACAUUCAUAGUUUGGACUAUGCUCUGUACGCGAUAUCUAAUGUAAUAAUAGCGACGGCCGCGUGGUAUGUCUUGAUAGAGAUUUGGAGUUCAGCAUGGUACAAAGUGUCUUAUAUGUUGGGGUUAAGAACAGCUCAUCGAGAUGGAGAUGGACGUCACCAGCCAAGGCACAGCCUCUUAAGCCAGUCCCUCACUGCCAAUGCAAACGUCCUUCUCAGCGU